UAAGUUCCGCGCUUGCGCAUUAGGAUCCUUGACUGGAGAGAAGAUAAUUUGACGUUAGGUCGUUAAAUAAAUUUUCUCCAUGGAGGUAAAUAUUGACUUUAAAAAAUCCCUGAUGCCGCUGUUUGGAAAUACAUUCAGCCCGAAGAAGACUCCGCCUCGCAAAUCUGCAUCUUUGUCCAGCCUUCAUACGUUGGAUCGCUCAACAAGAGAAAUAGAGCUUGGCCUGGAGUCGGGACCUCCUGCGAUGAACUUAGGAGGCCAGAGCUGGAAAUUCGAGGACGGACAGUGGAUAACAGAAUCUGGUGGAAAUGCUUCUACUAAGGAGGUGCAGCGGCUUAAGAAACGAAAUCUGCAGCUGGAGGAAGAAAAUAACCUCCUAAAAUCAAAGAUUGAAGUUCUGAUGGACAUGCUGACAGAAACUACAGUGGAGUACCACCUGAUGGAGAAAGAAAUCGAAGACAUGAAAACUCAACACCGAAGAAAAAAAUGACAAUCCACUCUAGUUAGAUUUUUUUUUUUAGAGUUUUUUAAAGAUAAAAGGCAGUAAAAUGAAACUAUGAGUCAUUUAUCCUCACAAUAAGACAUUCAGCUUUUAACAGGAUGUAAGUCGAUUCAGCUGCUUCCUGUUUUUGUCCCAUUUUUAAAAUAUAAUAUUUCUUUUCGUCUGUGAUUAUUUCCACAUACAGCCUAUUUUUAUACACUUUACGUCUAAACUGCAUUCAAAAAUAACUAACUUUCUCUUAUAAUUUUCUGCGUUGUUUUUUUUAUAUGAAUUCUAAAUGAAAAAUCUGGACAAACAUUUUAAUACAUCGUUAUUAUUCUGUUUUG